AUGGAGACGAUAGCGUCAUCGACGAAGGAUACCGCCAUUCUGCGCGUGAAAAGGAAAAGGGAAGAUGACCCUGUUGAUGUGUUUUUAUUCCAGGUAAACAAUGUGCAUAAUUCGAAAAAACGUGGCCUUCUAAGCCCCAAGGCAGAGCAAGGACAUGGUGUAUUUCGUCGAAAAGAAACAAUCGAUAAAGUAUCUUCAAUCGCUUUCCCCAAAGAUAACAAACUUAUUGAGGCAGAAUGGGAUGCAAAUUCGCACAAAAUGAAAUUGAAACGUAAAUAUGAAGGAGAGGAAGAGGAAUCUUCAAAGCAACGAAUCCGGCUACAUGAUGAUAAAACGCAAGAGAUGGAAAAGUUCACCGAUCUAUUAUCCGAAUACCUAAAGAUCAAUGCUGUCGACCUGGCGCACAACGAUGAUGCAAAAGAAAAUAAGACAAGCGAUUAUGUCUAUGACAUAUAUUACCAAGAAAAUAUGCCUGAGGGGCUGGUUAUCGAGAAGAAGAAACCUACCGAGAAAGCCAGCAAAAACCUUCCUCCAGUAGUGAAACGGGCUACUGGACGCACUAGCACAAAUAUUAACCAUUCACCUGUACCUCUUUCUCAAGGGCGAUAUGCUAUGGGACAUGAAACAUCGGCGCCUGGAUUUGAGCAUCUGGAUGAUGCUGAUGAACAUGAAUUGGACAGAGAUUGGGCAAAAGAAGCAUCAUUUUAUCCGGUUCAUCUUCGCACCAUCGUGGAUGAGAAUGGACGCGCAUCUAUGGUUGCUAUCCCGAUUGGAACACAAGCUCUAGAUGAUGAUGAUCUCCUACAUGAUGAGCUGGAGCCCACCUUAGAUCUGGAAGAGGAUGAAGACAGUAACGAGGAAGAUUUUUAUCGCAAUGACUAUCCAGACAGGGAUGAAUGGGAUGCCUCCAGCGAGGAAGACUCAGACUUUUGA